AAUUAUUCCUCUAUUACAAAUUUCGGGUUUGUACCCGAUAAUGAAAUUGGCGCAGCUGAAAGUGAAUGGAGCAUUGGUGAAUGCUUUUAUUGAAAGGUGGAGGCCAGAAACGCAUACAUUUCAUUUGAAGUGUGGAGAGGCAACUAUUACACUUCAAGAUGUUUCUGUGCUACUUGGUAUUCCUGUGGAUGGAAGACCAUUAAUUGGAAAUACAAAUAUUGAUGGGUUUGAAUUGUUUCAUGAAUUAUUGGGUGUCAUGCCUGACGAUGCUGCAAUUGAUGGGAACUCAAUUAAAUUGAGUUGGUUGUCUUCUCAUUUUGCAAAUAUUCAUGAUUUUACAGGCAACCAAGAAGGCCUUGAAAGAUUUGCUCGUGCUUGGAUCUUACGAUUCAUAGGUGGGGUAAUGUUUGUUGACAAAAGCAGCAAACGGGUGCAUUUGAAAUAUUUGCAGUUUCUGAGAGACCUUAGAGAGUGCAGUAGUUAUGCAUGGGGAGCUGCUGUUUUGGGUAACCUUUAUAGAGAGAUGUGCAUCGCAACAGACUAUAAUGCUAAAUCAAUAGGCGGUUUCACUCUCUUGAUUCAAUUAUGGGCAUGGGAACGAUGCCCAACAUUAGCCCCCUCAGUUAUUCCUCCACAACAACAAAACGCGCCACUUGGUUACAGAUGGUUGGGAGGUGAAUUGCAUCACAUAGGCAAUGACAAUUUAAUUGAGUUUCGUCGUAAAUUAGAUGUCAUGAAACGCGACGAGGUAACAAUUUUGAUGUUUGUUUAUUAAAUGAUGUUGUAUUUCUUAAUUAAUUUAUUAAAUUUAACUUUUAUAUGCAGUUUGUAUGGGUCCCUUAUGCUGGACAUGUGGAAAUGAACUUGAGUCAAGUUUGUUUUUUUGGGUCUGUAUUAUGGACAUGUAUCAUACCACUUAUUUGUUUUCAAAAAGUGGAAUGGCACCAGCCGGAUAGAGUCAUGAGACAAUUUGGAAUGCAACAACCUAUUCCGGGACCAGUAAUGCAACCCAACAACAUACAUGACUUGACAUUAAAGGGAAAGGAAGGAAAAAAUUGGAUGCGACUAAUGCAACCCGCGCUUAAUGAAUGGAAUAGUCGCUAUGAAAGGAGAGUAGAGCAGACGCCGCCACAAACAGGGACCCUCGGUCUGAACUCUGAAUAUAUGAGGUGGUACAGGCGU